CGUUUUUCAAUUUACGUUUCGAGCGUACCCGUCUCAAAAAAAAUGGACAUUGCAAAGCACGUUCAUCGUCGAUCCAUCCAAUCCGCUCACAAUGUGUGGUAUUCUUGGUCUUCUUCUUCAUGACCCCAGUACAGACGCUGCGCCGGAAGUCUGCGAGGGCCUCUCGCUGCUGCAGCACCGAGGACAAGAUGCAUGUGGAAUAGUUACGUGUGGACCGAAAGGCCGCUUUUAUCAGUGCAAGGCGAAUGGUAUGGUCCGGGAUAUCUUCGACGAGAAGGCUAUACAACGCUUGGUUGGAGGCAUGGGUGUGGGACAUGUGCGAUAUCCCACUGCCGGCAGCUUUAAUAAUGCGGAGGCCCAGCCAUUCUAUGUGAAUUCACCAUAUGGGAUCGUCUUUGCACAUAAUGGGAAUCUUAUCAACACGUCGUCUCUUCUGCAGUUCUUGGACGCCACUGCGCACCGCCAUAUUAACACCUCCUCAGACUCCGAGCUCCUUCUCAACAUCUUCGCUAAUAACUUGCAACAAACGGGCAAGUUCCGUAUUAAUGAAGAGGAUAUAUUCACUGCAAUUGGAGGGCUGAUGAAACAAUGCAAGGGGGCCUACGCAUGCGUCGCUAUGCUCGCUGGGUUUGGAAUCAUUGCCUUCCGAGACCCGAACGGAAUUAGGCCCGUCGGCAUGGCAGUCAGAAAAUCUGCCACUUCGCAAGGAAAGGAUUACUUAUUUGCCAUGGAUUUCAGUGAGUGGCAAGACGUAAAACCUGGUGAGGCCGUAAUUAUCACGCGCGAAACUGUAUCUCGGCGCCAGGUAGCUCCACCCGCGGAUUUCGCACCGGAUAUCUUCGAAUACGUCUACUUUGCGCGUCCCGAUUCCGUAUUGGAUGGAAUCAGCGUUUACCGAAGUCGUAUGGCUAUGGGCGACGCGCUUGCUGAUGAAGUCAAACGCGUAUUAGCCGAGCAGGACCUUUCCGUUGAUGUCGUUAUUCCGGUACCCGAUACAUCCCGGGUCGCAGCCUUGAACCUUGCACAAAAAUUGCAACUACCUUACCGCGAGGGCUUCAUCAAAAAUCGUUAUGUCGGCCGAACCUUUAUUAUGCCCGGGCAACAGAUGCGCAAGAAGAACGUUCGAAGGAAGCUCAAUGCCAUGGCACUCGAAUUUUCGGGAAAAAAUAUUUUGCUAGUCGAUGACUCCAUUGUUCGUGGUACCACGUCAAAGGAGAUCAUUCAAAUGGCCAAAGAUGUCGGAGCAAAGAAGGUCGUAAUGGCCAGCUGUGCCCCUCCCAUCAGAUACCCCAAUGUCUACGGCAUUGAUAUGCCAUCCCGAGCUGAACUCGUCGCAUACGGACGUAACACUGAUUCAAUAGCCUCGGCCAUUGGCGCUGAUCUUGUAAUCUUCCAAACACUACCCGACCUGAUAUCAUCCGUGCGGCAGUUUAACCCCCACAUCUCAGCGUUUGACUGUUCUGUUUUCACGGGUGAAUACGUUACGGGCGGUGUUGAUGAGCCGUAUCUUGCCGCUUUGGAAGGCCAGCGUGCAGAUAAUGUGCGAGGGAAAGCCAAGCUCAACGGGAUCAAUGGCUCAAGACAUGAAGACGUCACGGUGAUGUCCAGUGGGCCGAUGAACGGGGCGGAUGAUACGGUGGGUUUGCACAAUACAUGGCAAAGUAAUUGAUGGGAGGCAGAUCUGUGGUGCAUUUCUUAGAACUAAUCUUAUCAGUGUGCUAUUGUUGUUGUGUUUUGCCAGAGUGUAUGUAGUCUUAGAGAACCAGACCAUCCUUGAAAAUAAAGUACAGAU